UGUGGAGAGCUUUAGGCGCCUUUCUGCGAUCGGGAGGCUCGAGAAGGCGGGGCGGGCGCGAGGACUGCCUCGGCGGGGGCUGCCACUGUCGCUCCACUGGGGGGGGGGCAACCCCCCUCCCGUCCUCACCAUGUUGCUGCCCUCCGACGUGGCUCGCCUGGUGCUGGGAUAUUUACAGCAAGAAAAACUUUUAACCACAUGCCGAACAUUUAUAGUGGAAAGCUCAGAUUUAAAAGAAUAUGCAGAGCACUGUACGGGGGAAGGCUUUGUUCCAGCUUGUUUAUUGUCCCUGUUUGGAAAAAAUUUGACUACCAUCCUGAAUGAGUACAUAGUAAUGAAAACAAAAGAAACUACACAUGAUGUUCCUGUAAUGAUGUCAUCCCUGUGGAAGAAGUUAGACUAUACACUGUCUCAGAUCAGGAGCAUGCAGAAUUCUAAUGCGUUUUCUGUUCACCAAAGAGGCCGCACAAGAAGUGCAAUUGCAGAUCUGAAGAAGCAGAAGUGUCUCCAGCCGUCAGCCUCUUCCAAUUUGGGAGCAUCUUGUGUGUCACUUCAGCCGGUACAGCUGAGCACUGUUCCAAUGACAGCCACUCAGGUUAUUCUUAAGCCAGUUGCAACGCCAAGCCAGGCUCCGACAAGAUCAAGCUCUGCACCUGCAGACCAGCCCCCAGCACAGGGAAGCAACAAUAACAGAGAUUCUCUCAGUUUAGUUUCUGCCGCAGUUCAAGAACGAAAGCUUCACUCAAGUGCGAUGUCUCCAGGAAAACGAAAAAGUGACUCCCAAAAGAAAAAAGCCAUAUCCUCUGGAACACAGUCGUCUAAUAGUAGCUCAGAGGAUUCUCCCACAGCGGAAGAAGAUAGUUCGCCCAUGGAAGAAGAAAGUGAGCCACUUGAAGAACUUAUAGAUGGCAACUUUCCUCAAAUGGUUAUUGAAAAUGCUCGGGAGAAAAUUCUGAGCAACAAAUGUCUUCAGGAGAAGCUGGCUGAAAACAUUAACAAGUUCUUGGGCAGCGAUGGCACGGUUUCUCAGACUCCAAAGCAACCAGACAGUGGCCCUAUAAUACAAGAGCCUUCAAUUGAUGAGUUCCUUGGUCUCCAACAGGGUGAGAUUCACAUGACCGAGGAAGCCAUCCAGGAAAUUCUGGAGCAAACAGAGUCGGAUCCAGCAUUUCAAGGACUCUUUGAUAUGUUUGAUUUCGGUAAAACCAAGGGUAGCAAAAAUACUCCUCAUGGCAUUCUUGCUCAGAGUGGAGAGGAAGAGAAUGCUAUGUUGGUGGAUGAAGAAAAUCUGAAAGCGCUUGAAAGCUAUAUUGGAGCAAAAGAAAUGAGUGAUGGUUCCCAAGACAGAUUGUCCUACACAGGAGAUCAUUCCAAAGAGGCAGCUUGUAUCCUGAAGUCCGGUGGCAAUGAUGUAAUCCUGGAAGAACAUCUGAAGAUGCAAAGUAUAAUAGACGGAGAAUUUCAAGGGGUCUCCGAAGUGAGGACUGAAACCGAUUCAGAUGAAACAAGAUUGGAUGGCCAGCAUAAAACUACCUUUGAAUCUGAGCCAGACCAGGCUUCUGCUCCUGAGCUCAAUGUAAACAACAUGGGUUCUUAUCAAAACCAUGAAACAGCAGCGAGUAGAAUAGAUACAGAAACUGAAACGGGCCUGUUGCACCAGGAUGUCCAAAUCUUACCUGAAUUGCGGUAUGAUCAGCUGGAUACUCAACAGAAGUCCCUCUCAGAAAGAACUGAGUGUUGUUCAUUGCCCGAUAAUAUAUUAUCUGAAAAGACAAAUGCAAAAUUGCUCUCUCCUCUACAUUCUGGUCACAAUGAGACGCUAGAAAGAAAGAACGUCGCUGACUCUGACCAUUCGGAAGAUUCAAAUAGAAUAGAGGUAGCUCAAGGAUCUGCUUUCUUUCCUGCUCCCAGCCAGCAAAACCCUAACAGUCCUACGCUCUCUAACUUUCAAGAUGAAAGUAAACUGACAGAUUCUGUUGCAGUGCCUGUAGCCAGUGCUCUGGACCCAGCUGCGACCCAGCUUGAAGUGGUGGAUACUUCCAACGGUUUACAUUCCGAGGAUCAGCUUGUGCUUGAAGAGUCCUGUUCAAAACACCAAGGCCAGAAAUCAGCAGAUUCUGAGAUGAUACUGAUAGAAAUGCAGGAGCCAUCAUCUUCUACAAAACCAGAUGCCGAUAGCUUAUUUCUUUCUUCUGACAGCGAGAGGCACACAGAAACGCCUGUGGAGAGCAAUCCCACUCCAUCCACUGCUUGCUGUUUGCCUCUACCAGAGCCAGCCGGAGAAUCCAGUCUAGGGACCAAAACGCCAGGCAGCGUUUCAUCUAGCGGUCAAGCUGCCGACGAAGAUCCCUCCGGUAUCGUCUCCCUGAAAAUCAUCAUCAGCGAAGACCCCUUCAUUUCAUCAGAUGCUGAGCUGAACAAUGCUAUUUCCAGCAUCACUGGAGAGAAUUUGCCAACUAUCAUCUUGUCUUCUCCAGCAAAGUCACCAGCCAGGGUGACGGGACCAGCCAGGUGCAUAGUGACUCCAGAAGAGGCUGAAAGAACUGGGGAUUCCGCUUUGGUCGAACAGAAUCUUCUCAUUGUCAGAUCUCAAGAUUCUGUUGUGAGCACGCUCAAUGUGCAGAAUGAAGAGUGUGCUGUCUUUUCCGUUGCUGGGGCAUCCAAUGUUGCCAAGGAUGGGGGGUUUAUACAGCUAAUGCCAGGUGCAAAUACAUCUUUUGGUAGCUCCAACAGUGUCUAUUUUGCCACCUGUGUGACUGAGCCAGCAGCUUUGGGUACAAGUGUUACUCCAUCAAAUUUGGUCGUGUUGCCAGGCAGUUCCACAUCCCUCACACCACCGGUCCCAACAGCACAGCAGUUACGGACACCUCCCAGAACAAACAACUUGUUCGCCAUGAACCCGCCAAUGUCUCCAAACUUUUCACAGGGUUCUGCCAUUAUAAUUGCAUCUCCAGUGCAGCCUGUGUUGCAAGGAAUGGUGGGAAUGAUUCCUGUAUCGAUAAUGGGACAAAGUGGAAAUGCCUUUUCGGAUCCUUCGCGUCAGGUCCUACAUAUGCCUGUACAGGCUUCUCUAGGCAGUGGAGGAGUUCCAAAAUUACCUCUCCCUCCCAAAUCUCAGAAGUUCCCAAGAAGCAAGUCAAAUGCCGGAAAGCUAAAAAUGGAUCAGAGUGGAUUGGAUUCCGUAAAUCGUCCUGGUUCUCGUGUGCAAAGAGCUGGAAACUCAGAGAGGAAUGCCUGUGCCAACUUGAGGAAGAAGCUAGAGGCUGUCGCUGUUGACACCACGAGCUCCGAUCCCAAGCAAAAUGAGAGCCACAGAAGAGUGCUUUGCUUUGACAGCACUCCGGCUGAAACAGGAGGAAAUCCUCAAGCUUCACAGAGAGAAAGGAAUGAAAACUCUUCACUCUCUGGGAAUUCUCCCAGAGGACCGCCUUCGUCUGCUAAAACUCAGCCCGGCAAAAGAGAGCGAGAGAGGACGUUGCCUAGAAUUUUGUGUAAGCCGGACAUCGCUCACAGAAGCACAGCUGCAAAAGAAGCCCAAUCUGAGAGGAAGUCUUCAGGGCCGGGACUAGCAUCAGACGUGUUAAGAAAGCAGACUGCAAAUAAAGAGAAUGAGCUGGAAAGAGGUGUUGAGAAGAAAAACUCUAAUCACGAAGUGGCUUCCCUGUCAAAUGGUCAACAAAGUAUUAACCUUCAUAUGGAGAAGAGCGGCUCUCCAGCGCAAGAACCGGCUAAAAAACAGGGGCUCCAGGUGAAUGCCAACAGCAAGAAUUCUGGAGUUUUAACUUCAAAGGAGCCGAAGAAGGACCAAACAAAAUCUCCUAGCCAAGCCCACUGCUUGACCAGUCCGUUAACCAAACAAGCCGUGGAGCUCCUGCAUGACAUCCAGAGGCAUAGUCCUGCUACUAAACUGCCUGAAAAUGGGGAUUUGCCAGUACCUCGUACCCCUUCUGGAACUGGGGACAGGCACUCAGAGGACACCUUUGAUGUAAUAAGGACACCGACAUGUAAACGGUACAGUGAGGAUAGUACAACGCCCAGGAUCAUGGUCCCUCCAGUUACCCCUGACUUGCCGGCCUGUAGCCCAGCGAGUGAAACAGGCAGUGAAAACAGUGUCAGCAUGGCUGCCCACACUUUAAUGAUACUUUCACGGGCAGCGAUUGCAAGGACGAGUACAAAUACACCUCUCAAAGACAAUACCCAACAAUUUAGGUCUUUAAGAAGCACUGCCAAAAAAAGGAAACAGGAGGAUGUGGUAGAGUGUGAGAGAAAUUCACGGACUGCCAGCAAAAAUGACCUCCCGAACUUCACAGUGCCAAUAAAAAAGAAGAAAGUAAAGCAGAAGAAGCUGCCAAUUUCCUUUCCUGCUGGAAUGGAUGUGGAUAAGUUCUUGUUAUCGUUGCAUUAUGACGAAUAAAGAACUGUUUUCAUGUCAAUCAUGUUGCUCCCCAGUGAGCUAAAACAAGAACAAAUUGUAUGCUGCACACUUGGAAAACUGAAGUUUUCACUUUAUAAAAGAAAAUCACACUGGUUCUGAAGGGCAUUAAUAUUUAUCGAUAGAAUUUCCAGUUGGUGAAUGGUCUUCAGAGACAGCACUUAAUACAGAGCCCAUCUUCUAAAUUUGCACAGGUGUACUUGGCUGCUGUAAAUAUUGUACAGAUGUUGAUGUUUUAAAACAAAAUAUUUUAUUAACUGUAGACACUGUUACCUGUUCAAACUGGUUCCACAAUGAUGAGCACUUCUGCUCCUAAACAUGCCUAAAAGUUGGUGCCACUGAAAUCAAUGGGACUUGCUUCCGAGACACAUACUUGAGGUCACAAAAUCUGCAAGUAAGCCUCAGACUGUGGAUUUCGUUGGGGAAAAGGUAGUGGUUAUCUCAAGUCUUCAAGGGAUAACUAAACUACAAAAAUGAAAAUUCAUCUACUUUUGUAUGGGGAAUCUAUUUUUCCUGUUCUGCAUAUCUUUCCCUCUAGUUACAAAUAUUACAAUAAAAAGCUUUUCAACUUUCUGGUAACACUUUGAAUCUUAAACAGUCAUUUCAUUCUGUGUACAAAUGCAAC